AUGGGAUUAGGAACUGAAUGGGGAAAAAAUCAACAAUAUUUAACCCAAAAAUCUCAGCAAGCCAAAGUUUCAGCUGCAAAAAGAAUAGGUUUAGAAAAAGAUGUUAGUUGGAAACUACUAAUCAAUCUCCUUCCUUUUGGUCUCCUCAUUUUAGAACCUGAUUUUAUUGGGGCUAGUUUUGCGAUAAUUUGGGACACUCUCAAUAAUUAUGACAACUUAAAAGGAAAAAAGAUUUCUACUGAAAUACCAAUAAAAAAGAUUAUUUUUGAAAAUGUUUCUUUCAAAUACCAAGAGCAGAAAAAAGCAAUGAUUUUUAACCAAAUUUUUGUGGCUGGAGAGGUAAAUUAUUUAACCUCUCCUAAUGGUAGCGGAAAAACUACUAAACUUUAUCUUUUAUUAGGAUUACUAACCCCUCAAAAAGGAAAAAUAAUUAUUCAAAUGAGGGAUGACAAAAAUGUUCAUAAUUUAUCUGAACUUGACUUAGUUAACUGA